GGAAGCGUAGCAGCAACUCUACUAACAAACCGAGCAAUCAAAAACGCUCUGCGCUCGUUAAUAGGCAGGCAUUAUCCGGCUGGGCUCUCCACGCAGCUGAAGAGCUCCUCUCUCUCUCUCUCUCUCAUUUCUCUGCCCUGUCAUUUAAGAAGAAAAAAAAAAUUUGUUUUUAAAAACCACAACGGCUGUAUUGUGUACAAGACCUGUCAGUUUAUUUUUGAUUUUUUUGAAGGGGGUUGUUUCUCAGUGUCUAAUUUACACAGUUUUCGGUCCGUGUUCAAUCAACAAUUCGACAUUAUCUCUGCUGGCCGUGUUGACAGUGUCACCAACUGAAGAAAAAAAAAAAAAACCCUCAAAAUUCUGUGCCGUUUUUACCGCAAAAGUAUUCGAAUAUUGACACAAGAACGAAAGCAAAAGAGAAGAAGACGUUUGGUGUGCGCUCAAUGUGCCAAGUGAUGAACGAUGAUCUUGGGCCCCAUCGUACGGGCAAUCGAAACAAUUCAGUCGCUUCUCGUCAAGAGCAGAUCAACGACGUUUCGCUAUCUGUCGCUAUGAACGGACACGUGAAUUCGACCAUGUCUGCCGGUCGGCCAUCGUCGCUAUCCACUUCGACGGCGCAUCACGGCUCGUUUGGAGCCGGCCAUUCAUCGACGAUCCCGCUCGAUCUUCGAGGAGCAGCCAUCGGUGGUAUUGUUCCAGCGUCGUCAGCUUCGUAUCCGGCCAGCGACGAAGGUGACAGCGGAGCGGAAGAAAUCAAUCAAGACGCGUGCGAAAUCAACGUCGAUUCGGACGACUCGGACGACGGUGGCGAAGAGAUGGACGACAAUGACGCACCUGUCAACGGCCAUCCUCAUUUCCCUUUCGCCUUCGAUCCGCACAGUCCGUUCCUAGGCCAAGCGGCGGCCUUUUUCGGCGCCGGCGGAAGCGUCGCCGGUGGCUUGAUGAAUCCGGCCAUGACGGCGGCAGCGGCAGCCCAGGCCGAGUGGUUCAUGCAGGCCGCCAUGGCCAACGCAGCCACGAUGAAUCAGCAACAGCAAAUGUCAGCCGCGCAUCCGCACGCGACCGCAUCGUCCGACGUGAUGGCCAGUCACGGCGGCAAAGCGUCGCACAGCAAGUCGUCCAGUCGUCAUCAUCAUCACGACAGGCCCGGCAAAGACCACAAGGAAGGCAAGAGUCACAGCAAAAAUCACAACCGCAGUUCCGGUUCGAGCGAUGGAGAGGCCGGCGGACCUGCCGUUGGCGGAGGCAAGUCGAAGAAGAGCGGCCUAGUCAAACCGCCGUAUUCGUACAUCGCGCUCAUCACCAUGGCGAUUCUGUCCAAUCCGCACAAGAAGUUGACGCUCAGCGGAAUUUGCGAAUUCAUUAUGAAUCGAUUCCCGUACUAUCGCGAUAGAUUCCCCGCCUGGCAGAACUCCAUCCGUCACAAUCUAAGCCUCAACGAUUGCUUUGUCAAGAUUCCGCGCGAGCCGGGCAAUCCGGGCAAAGGUAACUACUGGACGCUGGAUCCGAUGGCCGAAGACAUGUUCGACAACGGCUCUUUCCUGCGCCGCCGUAAGCGCUACAAGCGACAACAGUCGGACUUUUUCCGCGAUCCGGCCGCAGCCACGGCUGCCUUUCUUCACCAUAUGGCCGUCACUGAUCCGUACACUCAUCAGGCCUUGAUGGCCGGCCAUCAUCAUCCGCACCACGCGGCCAUGGCGGCCGUGGCGGCCGCUUUCCCGCCUACGCCUUUAGCAACUCCGCAAGAUCGGAUGCCGUCAGGCCAGUCAUCGUCAGCAAACGGAGCGGGCAGUGGGCCGGGCAAUUUUCUACCUCCGUUCAAUCUGAGCGGAAUGACUGGGCUGGGUGUUCCGGCGAAUUUCUCGCUGCCUCCGCAGCAACACCAUCCGCACAAUAUGAGUGCCGGUCAGCAUCCUCUGGGUGGUGGCUUCCAUCACAAUUCUUCCAGCGGAUCGGAGAUGCAGAUGGCCAAUCAAUUCCAGCCGGCCAAUAACAUCGUCAAGCCGAUCGCUGUUCCAGCUGCUGGUGGCAACACUAAUACAUCGACCGGAAUGCAACGAUCGCCUUCCGUCACACGGUGCAGUAAAGGUCCAGUUGUUCCUCAAUUCUCUCCCGAAUCGUCCGGAAUUCCAUGCAGUCCAACUACACCCACGUCACCUGGGUCUUCUUCGAUGCCAACCGGUCGCAAAGGUAGCGCUAACAAGACCACCUUCAGCAUCGACAGCAUCAUCGGAAGCAACAAGAACGAAGCGGCGGAUGUCAUCGAGUCCGUCGACGGUGAGCUCAAAACAACAUCGCCAUCCGGCGGAUCUGCUGCUGGCCUACCGUCCAUCGUUGAAACCGAAUUCAACUUAUCCAAUCUAUCGAGUGGUGACCUGGACAAAUUGCGCCGCUUGGCCAUGGUGACUGGCGUUCAGGGCCUCUCGCGGUUCGCUAAUAGUUUGGCGCCAGUUACCUGGGCAAGGUGAAUGUUUCUAAAAUGGAAAACGCGCGUCGUUUUCAUGUGUGCUCACUGCGUCUGCUAUAGUUGGCAGCUCGACGUUCAUUUGGGUUCAAGUUUUCUCGUGUGCGUGUCAAACAGUCAAUGCAGCACAAAAGUUGGGUUGCAUACGUCGUACAUAUUUGGGUGGGUUUUCUUUCAUUGUUUAGUCUGUGCUCCAUAUACCCUGCACUAACACUAGCGCGAAUGUCUCAUUGACUUACAUUGUUUGUUUUUUUUUACAAUCAAGACAAGAACAAGAAAGAAUGUGUAAAUGCUGUACAUAAACGUUUUACAGUGCGUACGAAAUUGUUGGGGGAAACGACGAACCAGUUGAGUUCAGGAAGACGAUAGCUGUUUCAUUUGAAAAAAAAAACAAAAACAAAAUUAAAUAUUAAAUAGAUUUACAUGUUUGAUCUCAAAAUUCAACAACAUUUCUAGAAACCUAAGAAUAAAUAACAGUUGUAAUAUUUGCUUGAUGACAAUUUAGAGAGAACAAAUAUCGUGUCUAGGCCAUUCGCCAAUGUUUCAAUUAUUCCCAUGUAUCUAUAAAUAAUAAAAAACUAAAUUCACUACAAAAUUUAUAAAUAUUAUACAUAAUUUAUGUGUCGUCAUGUACGCCGUACGGUUAAAUAUUGGAACGUGUCGUGCGCUCCGUCAUAACAAAUUCAUGUACAAUAUGUUGAAACGUUUUUCACCCCCCUCAUUUAUCCUUUGCUACAUUGUUGUCCUGAAACAUAUGAUUUUUGAAAUUUUGUUCUCUGUACACAUGUGGCUGUCAAUGUCGAUGUGCUGCCUGCCGUGGCCGUUUAACAAUAUACCAUACAAAUCCCUCUGA